AUGGCUUUCAGUUUAGGAUUUGUUGUGAUAAUAGUAAGAUCUGAUAAAGCUACCGAUGAUCGUGGAAGAAAAACGUUCGUCAAACUUGGAUGUGAAAAAGGAGGGAAAUAUCGGAAAUACAAAGUCGAUGCGGUGCCCAGUGUAUACGGUACUCAUAAAUGUGAGUGUCCGUUUAGAUUAAAAGGUAGACCAUGUUUAGAAGAGGAUGGAUGGGUAUUGAAUGUUAUGUGUGGACAUCACAACCAUGAGUUGGCUGAAACUUUAGUCGGGCACCCUUAUGCUGGCAGGUUAAAUAUGAGUGAGAAAUCAUUACUGGUUGAUAUGACAAAGAGUAAAGUUACACCUAGAAAUAUUUUAUUAACCCUCAAACAAAAUAAUGAUCGAAAUGUCACAACCAUUAAACAAAUCUACAACGCAAGGCAAGCGUAUAAGCGAUCAAUUAGAGGGUCAAGAACUGAACUACAACAGCUUAUGAUGUUGUUGGACCGGGAUAAGUACAGUUAUUGGAGUAGGUGUGCCGACGAUUCAAAUGUUAUUACUGACCUGUUUUGGACACAUCCUGAUGCGGUGAAAUUGUUGAACUCAUUUAAUGUUAUGAUGGAUUCCACAUAUAAAACAAACAGAUAUAGACUUCCGUUGCUUGAAAUUGUGGGCAUGACGUGUACAGGUUUAACCUUCUCAGCAACAUUUGCUUUUUUGUCUACUGAAAAACAGAGUAAUUUCACAUGGGCUUUGGAAAAGCUGAAAGAUUUAUUUAUAACAUCUGAGGGUGGUCCUAAAGUCAUUGUCACUGAUCGAGACUUGGCCUUGAUGAAUGUCAUUGCAAAUGUAUUCCCUGAGUCCACAUCCAUAAAAAUGUUUUAG